AUGAACUACUUCUUCCAUCCAGGAACGUUGCCAGCGUAUUUCCGGAAAAAGCCCGAGAAGAAGACUAAUGAGUGUUCGCACAAAAAAUUCACAGUGGAAAAAGCCAGAUGGAGAGAUGUAAAAAGAAAAUACGACAGAUGGAUCGAAAAGGACAGGCAAAAGAAAGCUGGAAUCAAUGUGAGCAAAGGCGUGACUCCAGAAGACAAAAAGCUUGCGAGAGAAGCCCGAAAAGAGCAGAAGAAGCACGUGAAGGCCAGAAAGCUGAGGAAACGACAGAGAAGACACCGAAUUUUCAGACGCAUUCGCGCAUCGAAACGUGCAAAGACGGAGGUGAUUGCAAAAGGUCAGAUGAAGCCAGAGGACAUCCGGGAGAGACUUGCCUACUUGAAAUCCCAGCGUGUGGAGCACAUCUACAGAUACCUACAGUACCGCUACACGUGUUCGGCUCCACAAAGAAAGGCGGCUCGUCAUCUGCGCUGGGAUUGGACACUCACGAGACAUCGGCGCAAGAGAUACCAAAAAUAUCGAAGAUGGAUGGAGGGACGUGCCAAGAAGAUGGGACUGACUGUAUGGAGAAACUGUGAUAUGAAGCAGAAGCCGCAUUCGAUCCCGACAAAAAGAGUGGAAUGGCAGGCGCCGGGAAAGACUGGUUGGAAACGUGUCACCUAUGAGAAUAAGUUCCCGGUCGUGCAAACAUUGAAUUCUGUCGAGAUUCAAAGCGACUUCAAACACAUCAGUGAAGAGACAAAGGUCAUGUUGGGACUUACGCCAAUGUUCUGCAAAGAAGAUGUGAUUGGCAACAUGGGAAGAGCUGUAUUUCGAUAUUUGGCUUUAACACAGUACCAGCAGACCUUCUAUCAUUUCCACUACCGUGCGACAAUCAAUUUCGACAGUGCCGGAUCCAAAGAAGCGCAAAUCCUGUGCAAGCUCAACAAGAAUCGCUCACACAACGCGAUGCGUGUCAUGAAAUAUGGCCAGUACCUAAACUUGCAGUACAUAUUGACACCACAGCUGCACUGGGAUUUGGGAUUUCUCGUACAAAAUACAACACUUGACCUCUACUCGGCUGUGCAUCUUAUUCAGCAAACAUUCUACUGCAUUAGUGAUCUCCACAAGAAACAACACAUCAAUCGUGGUGCUCAAUAAUUUCUUCAACUCCGAGACGCGUCAAAACAUCCGUCGUAACAUUUGCACGACGAAGCACAAUGGGCUGCAGCCUCUGUACGUUCAGCAGGCCCGACAUGCCCGUAACAAAUUGGAGCGAGAGCCACUGCCGAAGAACGUCAUCAACACGUACUUGUCGAGACGUCAGCAUUUCCGAUUGGCACGAGGACCUGCCGACGACUACGAGUCGUGGUUUUACAUUUGUGCACGGUUUAUCACUCUGAAAAAGUUUGAAUGGCACGAUGAGGAAGAUCACAUAAUGGCGGCAACAAUGAAGUACAACUAUCUGGCCACGUGCACGUUUCCAGACUAAUGAGAGGAUGGCAACAAUUCUACAGUACUGUCUGUCUGCGACAAAUACAAACGCAAAAGUAGUCGCCUUUUAUCUUGAACGCGUCAUUCAGAACUGGAAAGAAAACAUUCCGCCAAAGGAGCUGUAUUCGUGGCAGGGCAAAGAAGACCGGUUUGGUAAGAAUCUGGAGAAGAGACAGAGAGAAUGGAUAGAAAGAAACAAGCCAUGGUACAAACCGAGAGAG